AUGGUAUACCUGCAAGGAGGGCCGGGAAAGUCGGGCACAUUCGGCCAGUUCCUCGAGGUCGGGCCCCUGGGCGUCAACUCGGAAGGAAAGCUCUACCGGAGGCAGCACACCGUCCAGAAGAUGUUCAACGUCAUCUUCCUCGACCAGCCGGCAGGGUCGGGCUUCAGCUUCACGAAGUCGGAGAUGGGCUACGCUCGCAGCAUCGACGACUGCGUGACAGGCGCGAGGGAAUUCCUCAGGCAGUUCCUGCUCCUGUUCCCUGAGAACAGGAACCGCGAACUCUACGUAGCCGGCGAGAGCUACGGAUCUCGCGGAGCAGUAGCCCUGUCCUACAGCUUAAUGAAGAAUCCAGAUCCCGGCAUACCGCUCAAGGUGUCCGGCGUGAUUGCCGCGUCUGCCGUGUUCGGCAACGCUCUAGAACUACUCGACUCAGCCGACACGCUGUACCAUUUCGGCAUGCUCGACACCCACGGCCGAGACGUCUUCAUCCAGACGAUGGAUCGCGUCCGCCAUCUGUGGGCCAAAAACCGCACUACGGCGCUGAACAUUCUCAGUCACACGAUAUUCCGGCUGUACCACACGCCCAGCCUCUUCAUGAACCUCACUGGUUACAACGAUCACGCGAGCCUGUUCAGCGACCGGAAGCCCCGGGAGUACGUCCACUACUUCCGGUACAUGAAGAAGCCUCUUCUGAAAAGGGCUCUGCACCUAUCUUCCCACGCUACGGUAGACAGUACCCGGCUUCUGGUGAUGCUUCAUCUCUCCAGUGACUACGUCACCGAUUUGCGUGAUAAAGUCGAGUAUCUUCUCGAUGCCACAAGGAUGCUUAUCUUGACGGGCCAAAUAGACACGGUAUUUGCCACGGUGAACCAGGAGAAGUACUUGAUGACGCUCAACUGGGCAGGGGCGUCGGAGUUAAGAGAAUCAGCGAGGAGACCAUGGUACGUGGACGGGCCUGGUUCUAAACUUACGGGCUACGUCAAGACCGCCAAGGACCUCACGUACGUGGUUCUGACUCGCGCCGGACACCACGUAAUAGCCGACGCAUCUGAAGCCGCAUACAUUGUGAUCGAGCGCUUCGCAUCUGGCGUCGACGUCGUCGAUGCCAAGAGAAAAGUGUUGGGCGUGAAUGAGCGCCGCUAA